AAAAAAGGCAGAAGAAAAAGCCAAAAAGAAAGACCUAGAAGUACCUAAGAAAUUACAUGCUCGUGCUGAGGGACCUAAGAAGAAAGAAACAGAGGCCCCUAAAAAGGAAAAAGUAGAACCUCCAAAAAAGAAAGAACACAUUGAAAAGGAUGAGCCUGCAGUUGCCCCAUGUAGACCAAUGCCAGUGUACUGUCCAGCACCCCCUGGGUGGUAUGUGCAUCAUAUUGUCACAGACAAUCCAUUGCCACCUCCUAUGGUCACAGAGCCUGAGGUUCCCAUAGUAACAACCCAGCCAUCCCCUCCAAAGCAAGAGCCUGAGGUUACCACAGAGAAGGCUAAGCAUGCACCUGUCAAGAAAGCUCCUACGCCUGAAGCUCCAAAAGAUGAAUCCAAGCCAUCUCUGGCAAAGAAAGAGUCCAAGGUUGCUGAAGAGAAGGCCAAGCCAGCUACAGCGAAGAAAGAGCGUGAUGUUCCCAAAGAGAAAGCCAGGCCUAGCUCUACAAAGAAAGUACGUGAGGAUCUCAAAGAGAAGCCCAAGGCAGCCCCUGCACAGAAAGAGUCUAAAGCAUUGAAAGACAAAGCCAAGCCAGCUGCUGUUGCAAAAGUUUCAGAACCUGAAGUUCCCAAACAGAAAGUCCGACCGACUCCUCUGAAGAGAGAGCACGCAAAAGAUAAGCCAAAAGCUGUAGAGAAAAAAGGUAAAGCUGUCCAGGACGAAAGAGCACCUGCCAAUGCCACAAAAGAAGCAAGCCUGAAACCUGAGGUGCCACCAAACAAUGUAACUGUCAAGGAAGACACUGAAAAGAAAGAACCAGUGAAGAAGAUGCCCUACAUGCAGUGUGUGUUAAUGCGUGGAAAAAGAGGCCAGUACCCCCUGCACCCCUUCAGCCCUGCACAGGGUCCCAGUGCGGCACCCCAAAGCAUGGAAUGGAGAUCCAGAGCCCCGGGGCACUAGGACAGCGCCACCAUGUGUUCCAUCUUUGCACUGCAGGCCUCGUCUCCACAGGGCUGUUUGUUUCCACUGCUGUGACCUAGCUGGAUCCCUGGCAUCUUAAGAGGUCUUCACUGUAAACCAACGUCAAUCAGGGACUACAGGGACAAAUGGGACUGGUUGUCUUUUUGUUUUUUUUUUGUUCGUUUUGUUUUUGUUUCCGUGGAUUUGAGAGUCUGUAAACCUCAUUCCUUUACUAGUGCCGUCUGUGUUGUGUCUGUCUCUGCUGGGCUUGGCUCUGUGUUUCACCGUUCUUUCAGAGAGAAGGCAAUUAUGUUAAACACAUUCACAUCUAUGUAUGCUCAACGGCACUACAUAAAGGGACACAUUGGUCAUUUCUGCAAUGCGAAAGGACUCGUUAAGUGUAAACACAUGAAAUCGAUUUUACUGGCAUUUACUUUGUAAAAAAAAAAAAAAAAAGCCUGUCAUUGUACAUAAAUACAUCUGUGUUGCAUAAAAUAUUUUACAGUAGUUCCCAUGUGGUGACAUCUAGUUACCUCCAUCACUGUGCUUUGAAUAUGAUUCAUCUCUUAUACAGUGUGUCAAAGUCAAACUCCCUCUUAGUUCUGAAAAUGCAUUUGUUGAUCUUCUUGCAUAGCUUAGUACCAUGGCAGAACAUACAUUUUUGUAAUAUAUGUAUAGAUAUGCAUUUAUUUAUUGUUGAUUUGUAAAUUGUAAAAGAUGCAACUGUGUAGAUCUUAUGCAGUGAGUGUAAGGGAGACACCAUGAGCAACACUCCUAUCAUGUGAGCUGUGGGUGGGCUAGUCUCUUUAUUAUGACAUCACAAGAACUUGUCCAGCAUGGCUGUGUUUAAGUGUGUGUCAUAGCGAUUUCCUGCAUCCCUACCUUUGGUGCCACAUCCAUGUCCUCCAAGUCCAAAUUUGUUUAGAAUUUCCUUAAAACAUAUUUUUUGCAUGUUUUCUAGAGUAUUCUUGGUUUCUGACACAGGGUUUGGCAACUGUGAGCAACUGUAAAGACAGCAUUUGUGGAAAUAAUCUUGUUUUCUGUCAUAUUUCCACAUUUGACUGGUCAUCACCGUUCAUAAAAGGCCAAACAAAAACACAACAUUUCUUUGUUUAAUAUACAAACAACGCUUUCCCUUUGGAGGAUGGACUUAUUUUCAUGUCCGGGAUUAAAUUCCAGAGCUCCAAAAUAUCUAUCUUAUUUUAAGUGUGAUUCCAUAUCAACAUGCCAAAUGUAAUUUGAAUGACAAUGUUGAUGCAUUUGCUUAUGUGCUGGCUGUGACUGUAAGUGGACUUAAGCUGGCUCUACAUUCACAACCUGAGCAUACAGCAUAAGGCACCAAAAAAGUACUGGGCAUUUUCACUAGGCUAAUGACUGUCUCUAGCCUUCAUGUUGCACAUGUAGAUCCACCUUACGCUUCCCUGCUUAGAGUAUGUGUAAAGGAGUGAGGGUGGGGGAGAACAAGCCGCAAGCGUCUCCCACAGUGACUAGGAGUGUGCCACCUCUUUCAGUGGCGCGAAACGUGCGCUACGCACGUGCGAGCGUCACGAACGCAGCCGCCAAAGAGAGAGAAGUGGAACAUUCACAAUAACGACCAACGGCGAUUGUCACCAAUACCGUGUGUCCUGCAGGUGUCGUGCGGUAUGUCUGGCUGGCGGGGUGACGUUUUCACCAUCGCUCAGUUACUGCCGCCUGCAUGCGGCACACAGUCUGUGGUAUGUGCACCUCAUUUUGAUAGGACUGCUUUGAUAGGCAAUUCCAUUAUUUUACUGCUCAAAAUGAGGUUGAUGCAGAGGAUUUAACAUUCUUAUUAACGACGUCUAUAAAAGCAACAAAAUGCUGUUCUGGAUCUCAUCAGCAUUGGAUUGAAUGAGACUAGAGGAGCUAAUGUUAAAAAUAUACGUGGGGGGGCAUUAUUUAUGACAUGCUUAAAUGAGAGCGUGGGGGAAAAGAUUAAAAUGCUCCUGUACAUUAGUUAUAUUUGACCGCUGCUUGGUCUCUGCAAGGAGCCCAGCCAAGAUGCACAGGAUGUGACUGGAAUGGUUUGCUGUUUCUGUGUUAUUUGUUUGCUUUGCCAAACUUACUGAAACUUUGUGCUCACAGCCGGAGGGUACAGAAAUGGUCAGCUCUGACAGCUUGAUGACAUGAAGAAGGUUAGGGACAGCUAUAAUCUCACUUUGAAGUUUCUGCAUGCUGCCCCCUGCUCUAUCAGGGAGAGGACAGUUACAGCACACCGAUGUUCUCUGUGUAAAUUGACUGAUAACAGGAGGCAACAUGUAGACAACUGACUAGGGCAAAGCAACAAUAAUAAUAACUAUAAUUAUUAUUAUAUAGUCAUACUAGUAAAAAUUUAAAUAAUCAAUAUCAUAAGAUCUUAUGCUCAGGUUUGUCUGAGAAAUGAUCAACACUUCUAUUUCCUUUAACCACACAGUGAUUUGCCUUUAAUUUUGAAUAUUUAACACAUAUAAGCAACUAUUUUAAAAAUAUUGCCCACCAUAAUGAGGUUCAUGGUUACAAACAAUUUGUAAUUAAUGAGGACUCUUGCUUGAAGUCAUUGUUCAAUUUUAAGGUCAAAUCACACUGCAGGCCCAGGUCCGAGUAACAGGUUAAAACAAGAUAAAUGGCCAUGGUGUUUGAUGGUCCACUCAGCUUUGACAUGAUUCAGACUAUGCCAAGAUUUCACAGUUUUUUGACCUCAUCAUCAGAUCAUCUGAACACCAGCACCAGCCUUGCAAUGAUUGGUUCAAAUGAAAGAGCAUCAGCUUUCCCAUAUAUUGGUCAAUGUGAAGGUAGACUGAUUUUCAAAAAAAUGCAAAGAACCAUUUAGAUGUGUGGCUGAUGUUGACUCCAGUCAUCUGGUGGCUGAGUGUUGAAUGAGUGAAUUAACUUUGACAAUGUCUUCUGCAUAGCCAAUAUUGGCUGCAAUUAAGCUGGUAAAGGACAGC